AUGGCACUUAUGGCAGAGAAAGAUCCCAUCCUGGGAAAAACACGGGCAGACGUCUUGGCUGGCUCAUCAGAUUCCACGAAAGCCUGCGCUUCUUUGGAGACUGUUGCUUCUACAUCGUCUUCGUCUGUACAGUCCGAGCAACCUGUGACGCAGUCUAAAGAGACAGCAGUUAUUACAGAGGUCUUCGAUUUUGCAGGAGACGAAGUAAAGGUGCAACGGGUAGUUUCUGCAGAAGAGGCCAAGGAUAUUGAAGCCAAAGAAAAACGUAAGGAGAACGAAAAGUCGAAGAAGCCAACUCAAAAACGGCUUGGAAUUGGCGCGGCAUUAACGUUGUUGGCCAAGAAACCGAAAAUGUCUGUCUUAGACAAGUCAGAUCUUGACUGGAAUCUUUUCAAAACUGAAAAGAAUCUUAAGGAAGAGUUGGAGACGUUCAACCGCGGAAAGAAUGGCUAUUUGGACAAAAUGGAGUUUCUGUCAAGAACUGAUUAUAAAGAAUUCGAGAAAGAAAAAGCUUUGCGGAAUGCAGCACGUAAACCAAUCUAG